AUGACAGUCGAGGAUAUCUCGUACAAGAACUACUUCAGCCUGCACAUCUGUGACCGGUACCCUGGGCGGGAGCUUUUCAUCAAAUUCAACAUCGACGCGCUACCACUACGCCUGCUUCCUCCUCUACGCUUUGCAGCCAACACCAACCGCAGGCUGUAUCCAGGACAUCUGCUUAUUGCGGGGCAGUAUCAGAUGCUUAAGUUGCCUGCAUACUCUGUCGUUCAAUACAACUCAGGCGACGAGCCACCCAUUCUGUGUGUACCCGACGAUGGGAACGUCUGGGUCAAUUAUGACCUACUCCAUCCGAUCAACGCUUAUCCCCACUACGAACGGGCUUGCAAAACGCACGAGCCAUCUGACUGGCUCACCCUCUGUCAAUACAUCAACCGCGACAAGACAGCUCCCAUGAACUAUCCGGUCCUAUGGACUCCCAUGCUGUCAGCCUGUGACGUUCGCCCAGGCGCAGUCGCUGAACUCAUUCAUUUCGCCUCGGGCUAUCGCUUCUAUGCGGUGCUCACAGAACUGGUGUCGUCGGAUCCCCGCACGACUCUGUUCCGAGCGCGUCUUUUGGGCACUAUGGAAUACAUUACGUCUUCAGCAAUACUGGAGAAUUAUCUCCCCUUACCAAGUGACAUGAUGAUCGCGUAG